AACAAAAACGAUUAAAAACGUCAUCCUUUCAAGCGAAGGUUCUGUUCCUGUUCAUGUCGGAUGUUCCACCUCUUUCUAUUUUCGGUGCAGUUUAUGUUAGUUUCGGUGCACCCUGAAUCACCUAAUCUCUCCCCAUUGGAUUUGGUUGCCCAUGGUUUGAAACCAUGAAGAACAGUCAGAGGAACAAAAACCAUCGAAGAAGAGAGAACGCCCACAAUUUCUUGCAUCAUCUUGCUCUCAUUCUUGAUCCCCUUUAAAUCCAGGAUUUUCUACCUUUUAUAACCCCAAAAUCUUCUGUUUGAAUAACACAACUGAAGAACCCAGUAUUCCAUUACCCUUUACAAUUACGGUUCUAUUAUUGAAAUAUAGUAUUUGUUACGAACUUUCUCUUCGUUUUCUUUUCAUUGCUGGAGACCGAACAAGGUUUUUCAGGGUUUUUGCAAUCUGGGUCUUUUUGUAUUUUGUUGAAAAGGUGGCGGAUUGUGGAAUCUGAGGUAAAGAAGAGCAAGAAGAGUGAGACAAUGAGGUGUAGAUGGGUGAUUGGAGCUUUCAUUGCAAUUGUUCUUGCUAUUGCUUUGGCUUCAAGGACUACACCAAAGAUCUCUCUGUUUGGAAACCCUAACAAGUCCUGUCAUUGUUCUCAGGACAAACACAAGUAUAGCGGGAUUGUAGAGGAUUGUUGUUGUGAUUAUGAGACUGUAGACCAUCUUAAUGAGGAAGUAUUACAUCCAUUACUUCAGGAACUGGUUAAAACCCCAUUUUUUCGGUACUUCAAGGUUAAAUUGUGGUGUAACUGUCCUUUUUGGCCUGAUGAUGGUAUGUGCCUUUUGCGGGAUUGUAGUGUUUGUGAAUGUCCAGAAAGUGAAUUCCCGAAAUCAUUUAAGAAGCCCUACCAUCGUGGCCUUCCAUCAGAUGACCUUAUGUGCCAAGAAGGAAAGCCACAGGCAGCUGUUGAUCACACAGUAGAUAGUAAAGCUUUUAGAGGGUGGACAGAAACAGAUAACCCCUGGACUUAUGAUGAUGAGACAGAUAAUUCUGAGAUGACAUAUGUGAAUCUUCAACUGAACCUGGAGCGCUACACUGGCUACACUGGUCCAUCGGCCAGAAGGAUAUGGGAUGCUGUCUACUCAGAGAACUGUCCCAAAUAUCCAGCUGAAGAGUUAUGCCAAGAAGAAAAAAUACUGUACAAAUUGAUUUCUGGUCUUCACUCAUCUAUUUCAAUCCAUAUAGCUUCUGAUUAUUUACUUGAUGAAGCAACAAACUUGUGGGGCCAUAAUCUCAAAUUAAUGUAUUAUCAGGUUUUAAGAUAUCCAUAUCGUGUUGAAAACUUGUACUUCACAUUCCUCUUUGUUCUCCGAGCUGUGACAAAGGCAGCUAAUUACUUGGAACAAGCUGAAUAUGAUACUGGUAAUCCAACCGAGGACCUAAAAACACAGUCCCUAAUGAGACAGUUACUUUAUAAUCCAAAAUUGCAAGCUGCAUGCCCGCUGCCAUUUGAUGAAGCUAAAUUGUGGAAAGGACAAAGAGGACCCGAACUAAAACAGAAAGUACAAGCACAAUUCAAAAAUAUCAGUGCGGUGAUGGACUGUGUAGGGUGUGAGAAAUGUCGACUUUGGGGAAAGCUUCAGGUUCUUGGACUUGGAACUGCAUUGAAGGUUCUAUUCUCUGUUAAUGGCAAGGGGCACUCACAUCAGACAUUGCAACGGAAUGAAGUGAUUGCCCUGACUAAUCUACUCAAUCGACUUUCGGAGUCUGUAAAAUUUGUCCAUGAAAUGGGACCAGCAGCUGAAAACCUCAUCGAAGGAAAGAUAUCUUCUCCUGCCAGGCUGAAUGGCCUAGUGCAAAGGAUAUGGGCAUCAAUUGUUUAGACAUAGGUAACGAUAACAAAAGGAUGACAAUUCAACCAUAAAGAACCACUGAUUUCUUUCAAAAGAUAGAUUAGCACUCUGGAGAAACAUGGAAAUUGUACAAUCAAUCAACAGUUCUGCUAUCGUUGCAGAUUUUGAAAUCUCAUGUAAACAAAACUAGAAAAAUUAAACAGAGAAAUUAAAUUUAUCCUCAGCGCCAUGUUUUACGCUUCAUGCAAAUGCAGUAGAAACAACUUGGCUAUGAUACAAAGUGUUAAACACCAUAAAUGUGAUUAUGUCUUGACAUUGAAGUAAGACGUUUAUAUGUUACAUAUAAUACAGAACAUUGAUGGAAAAAGGGAAUCUUGAUUGAUCCCUGUUGAUUUUGGCUUGCUCGUUUAAGCAUCUAGAGAGAUGUUUCUUAUGUGGAUGCAGGAAAGUAAUGAAAUCCCAGAGUCAUCACAUCAUCUCCAUAUAGGCAUAUAUAAAUACAAAUGCUUGUAAAUCUAUUUGACCAUCUAGGAAAAAUGAGGGAUGGACUCUGGUGACCAUUCAAACAAACUGUAAAUUGGGUAAAAACAUGAUGCAUCUUGAACUUGCAUUUAU